AUCACGUAAUACGCCUAUGGUAGUUAGGGUGUUACAAUACCUUUCCCUUUGGAAGUUAAUCUUGAAAUCUUCUUUUCUAGAUUCGUAUCAAAAUGAAUAAAGGUGGAUAUUCAGUCGAAGUUACGGGCUUGUCUCCGAAAGCCACAGAGAAAGAUGUCUCUGCUUUUUUCUCUUUUUCCGGUAACAUCGAACAUGUCGAAAUCAUCAGAUCAGGUGAUUAUGCCUGUAUUGCCUACGUGACCUUUAAAGAUUCUUAUUCACAGGACACUGCGUGCUUGCUUAGUGGUGCCACAAUUGUAGAUCAACGUGUAUGCAUAACACGAUGGGGGCAGUACAGAGAUGAAUUUGAUUUUUGGAACAGUUCUUCAGAGACUCGUGAACAUGAAUCUAGUUCCAAGGGUACCCAAAGAAACCAAUUUGUUUUUGAUGCUGGAGAAGCAGUGACUAUGGCCCAGGAAGUGGUUAAAACUAUGGUGGCCAAGGGCUUUGUUUUGAGCAAGGAUGCAUUGGCUAGGGCCAAAGACUACGAUGAAUCUCAUCAAGUUUCAGCAACUGCAGCCUCUAAGGUUGUUGAGCUUAGUCAAAGAAUUGGCCUUGCAAAUACAAUCUCUGCAGGAGUUCAAGCUGCCAAAUCUGUUGAUGAGAAGUACCAUGUCUCAGAGAUGACCAAGUCAGCUGUAUUGGCAACAGGAAGAACUGCCUGUGCAGCAGCAAACACCGUUGUAAACAGUAGCUAUUUCUCGAAAGGAGCUCUUUGGGUCUAAAAAGCUUUGAAUCGAGCCUCUAAAGCUGCCGCUGAUUUGGGUGGCCGUAGUAUUCAUCAAUGA